UCCAAGACUUUUCACUGCAUGUACAAAACUGCUGUUCACUGUUCUGGCUGCACCUCCCUGCCUGGUGAAUUCAGAAUCUAUACUCCGUUCAAUGAUAGUAUCCUGCCUGACGAUACUGUAGGUUUCGUCGUCGCAAAGGCGCAUCUGGCGUCUGCCGUGUCUCAGGAGAUGAUCUUGCUGGAGGUCUCACAGUUUCUUGUCUUUCCCGGAGAGCCCUCUUCUGAUCUCUACGAGCAUUCUCUUCCCGACUACCCUGUUUCAUUUGUGGUUGGUCUAGGGCUCAAAGUUUCGCCUUGCUAUCGGGCGAUGUUUCCAAGGAUUAUGUUAGAGACAGCCGCAAGACCUCUGUCGUUCAGUAAGUGCGGUCGUCUUUACUCGCGUGGGUGCUGUGUUCCUGCUUCUCGGGCGUAG